CUAUUUUCUGAAGUCGCUGAAAUUAACUAACAGCACCUGGUAAAACGAAAGCGUGAGAAAGAAGAAGAAGAAGAAGAAGAAGAGUCGUGAAGAGGGAAGAAGUCGGAGGCGUAGAUACUGGGCGGAGUGAUUGAGCAGUUGUCUGUCGUAAUGGGCAUGGAAGAAGUGGAACUGCUGCAGAUUUCUCCGUCGGACCCACGGGGGAGUCCCGGUAAAGAGCAACAAGCGGCCGGCGUGGGCAUCCUUCUUCAGAUCAUGAUGCUCGUUCUCUCCUUCGUACUUGGCCACGUCUUGCGCCGUCACAGAUUCUAUUACCUCCCCGAAGCCAGCGCCUCGCUUUUGAUCGGUCUAAUUGUGGGUGGGCUUGCUAACAUCUCAGACACGGAAACUAACAUCAGGACAUGGUUUAACUUCCAUGAGGAGUUUUUCUUCCUCUUUUUGCUGCCUCCAAUUAUAUUUCAGUCAGGAUUCAGUUUAGCCCCCAAACCUUUCUUCUCAAACUUUGGGGCCAUUGUAACAUUUGCAAUCCUAGGAACGUUCAUAGCUUCUGUUGUCACAGGUGUUCUUGUUUACCUUGGUGGUUUGACAUACCUCAUGUACAGACUUCCAUUUGUCGAAUGUCUGAUGUUUGGUGCUCUUAUAUCAGCUACAGAUCCUGUCACAGUUCUGUCCAUAUUUCAGGAACUUGGCACAGACAUGAACCUUUAUGCCUUGGUCUUCGGGGAAUCUGUUUUGAACGAUGCAAUGGCAAUCUCCUUGUAUAGGACAAUGUCAUUGGUAAGAAGCCAUUCUUCUGGACAGAAUUUCAUCGUAGUCAUUGUCAGAUUUCUUGAGACCUUUGUUGGCUCAUUGUCAGCAGGUGUUGGAGUUGGAUUUACUUCUGCUUUGCUUUUUAAGUAUGCAGGUUUAGAUAUUGACAAUCUUCAAAACUUGGAGUGCUGCCUUUUUGUCCUUUUCCCCUAUUUCUCGUACAUGCUAGCUGAAGGCCUUGGCCUUUCUGGUAUUGUAUCGAUAUUGUUCACUGGAAUCGUUAUGAAGCACUACACAUUCUCCAAUUUGUCAGACAAUUCUCAGCGAUUUGUGUCUGCAUUUUUUCAUCUGAUCUCAUCAUUGGCAGAAACAUUUAUAUUUAUUUACAUGGGAUUUGACAUUGCCAUGGAACAGCAUAGUUGGUCACACGUUGGAUUCAUCUUUUUUUCUAUUUUAUUCAUUGGAGUUGCAAGGGCGGUAAAUGUCUUCUCUUGUGCAUAUCUAGUGAAUUUGGUUCGACCUGAACAGCGACAGAUACCUUUAAAACAUCAGAAAGCACUUUGGUAUAGUGGACUCAGAGGGGCUAUGGCUUUUGCCCUUGCCCUGCAAUCAGUUCAUGAUCUCCCAGAAGGGCACGGUCAGACAAUAUUCACAGCAACCACGGCUAUAGUUGUUUUGACGGUUUUAUUGAUUGGAGGAUCAACAGGUACCAUGCUGGAAGCUCUAAAAGUUGUAGGAGAUGGUCGUGAUAGCCCUGUGGGUGAAAGCUUUGAAGGGAACAAUGGGUAUAUAGCCCCUUCGUAUGAUGUGGAUUCAUCGUCUGGGAACAGGUUUAAGAUGAAACUCAAAGAAUUUCACAAAAGCACGGCAUCCUUCACAGCAUUAGAUAGGAACUACCUCACCCCUUUCUUUACCACGCAAAGUGGGGCUGAAGAAGAAGAGCAAGAUGAGCUAAUGCCCAGUUCUAGACGAGAAAGUUUCAGUGGACAUCGCUGACACUCAAGGUGGCAGUUAAUGUGAAAGACCUCUUGCUACUGAAUUAAAUAAAUUCUAAGCAGAACACUACAAAGUGGUCGGCAGUAUCUGAGCUGGAGGUUUCGUGGUGUAGCUAUUCACCUAAAGUCAUUGCAGUUGGCCUUCAUUACGCGAGAGAUAUACGAUUACACUACUCUAGGAGUUACAGAGAUUAGAAGCCGUUUUUAGUGUAGGCCAUCAAAUGUCUGUGCAUCAUAUCUAAUCUAACUUUUGUACACGAUAAAGAAAACUGGAUUGGAUGAUAAAAGAAAGUGUAGCUCUGUAUCAGAUUUAACUCUGUAUUAGUAUGACUACAUAGUCUACAUUUUCCCCUGAUGUGUUCAAAAUUUCGAUAUGGUUGAAGAUCUGAGAUCUUGGUUAAAUAGAGCAUGUCUCUUUGUUCA